AUGAACGAAAAUCUAUUUUCCUCAUUCACUACCCCUACAAUAAUAGGAUUACCUAUCGUCAUCAUCAUUACCAUAUUUCCAGGUAUUCUAUUUCCCUCACCUAACCGACUGGUUAAUAACCGACUUAUUUCCAUCCAACAAUGGUUAGUACAAUUAACAUCAAAACAGAUGUUAUCUAUUCACAACCAAAAAGGACAAACUUGAGCAUUAAUACUAAUAUCACUAAUCUUAUUUAUUGGGUCCACUAACCUGCUAGGUCUCCUACCCCACUCAUUUACCCCAACUACACAAUUGUCUUUAAACCUAGGAAUAGCUAUCCCCCUAUGAGCAGGUACAGUAAUCACUGGCUUCCGAUAUAAGACAAAAGCCUCUUUAGCCCACUUUUUACCACAAGGAACCCCACUACCCCUGAUUCCCAUACUCAUCAUCAUCGAAACUAUCAGCUUAUUCAUUCAACCUAUAGCCCUAGCCGUGCGAUUAACAGCCAACAUCACCGCAGGCCACUUAUUAAUUCACCUAAUUGGAGGAGCCACCUUAGCCCUAAUAAGCAUCAGCACUAUUACAGCGACAAUUACAUUCACUAUCCUUGUCCUACUAACCAUCCUAGAAUUUGCAGUAGCCCUCAUUCAAGCCUACGUCUUUACUUUACUAGUAAGUCUAUAUUUACAUGACAAUACUUAA